UUUCUUUAGAAUUACAUAAAACUAUGUUCUACUGUAGUAUUUUUAUUUUUAGACAAGAAACAAUGUUCGCACACUCGCGGCAUGUGAAUGGUUCAAACGUACAUCGGUAAUUAUAUUACAGCCCCUAAAUCUGCGAUAUUUUGUUCGUAGUGCACUUAAGGUCCGUCCGGCGAUAAUCAGUUGAAGACAAAAUACAUAAAAGCAAUGGCAUUAACAAAGCCCCUUUGUGAAAACACCCUCUAACAAAAUUCUUCAGAUUUAAUUAAUAUUUUAAUUGCAAUAUGAAUUGCUACAAUGACGCAGUGGUUUCAUCGCAGUCGAAUGAGAAAGAUGGCCAGGACGCUUUAGAUUAAUGAUGGUUGUAAUAUGGCUGGCCAGAAGCUGUUAACUUGUUAAUAAAUUUUACACAACUUAGUUAGGGUCUCUUAACAAUUGAAGAAGAUAAGUAACAGUAUACUAUUACGGAGUACUAGGUUUGAAAUUAAAGUUCUGGUACUGUUACCUUCGGGGGGCGUUUAAUUUAAACAUCGUGAAACAUUAUUUUGGCGCCUUUUUCUCCUCAGAGUUACCGGCACAGCAUAUUGGCGCGAACUGUCACAAAUCAAACAAUGCUCUUACGAUUAAAAUCGUCAUGUUCAUGAUGUACCUAGAAACACUUGUGUAAUAAAUCGCGACCUUCAGCAGACAAGUGCUCCAUACGCACCUUUUUUUCCGACAAAGCAAUAGUACAUACUAGUUCUAAAAGACGUCUACUUUAUUCAGUAGUAACGCAGAUGAAUCGUCGUUGUUGUUGUUGUUGUUAUUGUUGUCAUAGCGUUUAAGCGAAGUGUCAGUAAACUAACAUUUCUUUAGGUUGGCAAAACAAGAAGAGUCCAAGUGUCACUUGUGAAUUGUGAAACUUGGAUCAGUGGAAACUAUUUAGGACUGCCUUUACAUGUCCUCCAAAUAGUUGUCCCCUAGCUUGGAACGCGUUAGUUCCCAUGACAACGUAAACAUCAAAGAAAUACGUCAAAACAUUCGGGAAUGAGUCUGUGCAAACGGGCAAUGUCAAAUACAAAGAUAGAAGUGUAUCUGAAAAGUAAAAUUGAAACUGUUGCCCGUAUCAGAUAUUCUGCGUCAAAGACUAUGACUCGCGACGCAAAUUUCGCAAUCUCUUGUUUAUAAUCGCAUGCCAUAUUUGCUCCUCAUAAAAAGUAUGAGUGAAGUAGACGCACACAUAACUCGUCUGUAUCAAAUUGAAAAACGGCUGGGCCAGGGGGCCUACGGGAUUGUCUGGAAGGCACUGGAUAAGAAAACGAAGAAAACAGUUGCAGUGAAAAAGAUAUAUGAUGCCUUUCGGAAUAAGACUGAUGCACAGCGAACAUUCAGGGAGAUUAUGUUCCUUCAAGAAUUUGGUGAACACCCGAACGUCAUAAAACUACUUGGUAUUCAUAAAGCCAGGAACAACAGAGAUAUAUACCUCGUAUUUGAGUAUAUGGGUAGCGGAUCACCAGGACAACUGGAUGGGGUGUGAUAGUCCUGAUGUGCCUGCACAGCAUCAGUGGAGGAGCAAUGCUUGAAGUUUACAGUCAACUAUUGGAGGCAGAUACAGAUUUGCACAAUGUUAUCAAAAGAGGAAAUAUACUCAAAGAUGUUCACAAGAGAUACAUCAUGUACCAGCUGCUAAAAGCCACAAAGUACAUCCAUUCUGGCAAUGUCAUUCACAGAGAUCAGAAGCCAUCUAAUAUUCUUUUGGAUUCUGAGUGUCACUGCAAAGUGGCUGAUUUUGGUCUGGCAAGGUCACUGUCGCAGGUGGAUGAUGGUUCUGGAGAAGGAUUGAGUGAUCCACCUUUAACUGACUAUGUUGCUACCCGCUGGUACAGAGCCCCAGAAAUACUGGUGGCGAGCAAAAGAUACACACAUGGUAUAGACAUGUGGAGCUUGGGAUGCAUACUGGCUGAGAUGCUUUUGGGAAAACCUCUAUUUCCUGGAUCAUCGACAAUCAACCAGAUGGAAAGAAUUAUGAGUGCCUUACCAACACCAUCAAAAAGUGACUUGAAAUCAAUUUUUGCUGGUUAUGGCAGUUCACUUCUUCAGAAACCACCUCCAGGGCCACAUAAGAGCUUACGUGAAUUGUUGAGCAAUUCAUCCCCAGAUGCUGUAGAUCUUGUUUGCAGACUGAUAGUUUUCAAUCCAGAUAAAAGACUGACUGCAGAGCAGGCCCUUGAACAUCCUUAUGUAUUAAGGUUUCAUGACAAAGAUCGAGAACCGAAACUGAAACGUAAUGUUCUACUACCUCUCCGUGAUGAUGUGAAACUUUCUGUGGAUGACUACAGACGCAAAUUGUAUGAAUUAAUGGAUAGAAGGAAACAUCACGAUAGGCCCAGGCCAUUAUUAUGUCAGUGCUAUUCUGCUCCUGGCAUUCUGCAGCGGCCUCUGGUGACUAAUUAUGGUGGGACACUGGGCUUCCGAUAUAAUGGGCAUAACAGUGCAGUUGGCACUAUAUCAGCAACAGCUUUGCCAGCAACAUCACAUAAAAUCCCCAGAGCUGUUGACCAUUUACAGAGAAAUACAGAAAUUCACCAGAGAAGACGCAGCUCAGAAUUAAAUGGCCUCCUACAAAAAACACCUGUAAGACCUGUAGGCCCUGCGCACGUCCCAGAGGACACUAGAAUGGGAACCUCAAACAAUCACUGCAUCCAGACUGUGGACUUGGUACCCAUCUCAAGCUCAAAGAUACAUGUUUCCCUUCAGAGAAAGGUCCAGCACAAUGUGCAACAGAAGACAAUACAACAUGAGCAUUAAACUGUAACACUGUACCAGAAGUCAUUUCACUUCAGCGGUAUGGUCACCAGAGAAGUAACUCAGAUGAUGUGUUCUUAGUUGUAGCAGCAUCUGUGUGUGUCAUUUUGACAGCAAGCUUUGCUAUAAUGUGUGGCUUUGCAAUUUGUAAUUAUUUAGUUCUAUUUGUUAAAAUCAGUGGUCUUUUUGAAGGAAAUUUUACAGUGAAAAAGUACUGAAAUGCUGUUUCUACUGUAGCUUUUCAGAUAUUCUGACAAAUAACUGUGAAAUUAGGAAGUCAUAUGUCUAAUGAUGAACUGUCCGAAGAAUAUUUUUAAUUUCUCCCAAAACUGUUUCUUGUUGACUUUGACAUAUAAAUUCCUAGAAAAAUUAGUACAAGCUUCCUAUAUUUUAGAAACUAAUUUAUUUUAUAGCAUUUACAGUUUGGAGUGAGUAGCGUUUUCAUUAUUGCAUUAAGAGAUUUUGAUAUAUAUAAUUUUAUUGUAUUUUUUCUGAAUUCUCUUUUGAUGUCACAUUUGAUCAUUUCUAUCUUUUUCAUAAUUUGUAAAUGAUGAGAAUUGUAUGUAGCUCAUGUUUCACAUUCCCUACGUAUCUUUGUCCAAUCAUAAAGAAGUACAAACUGAUUAUCAGUGGAGUACAUCUGAUAAUAUGGAUUUUUACCACUGUUCUCAUCACACUCAUUCAGUUCAGUUCUUGGGAACAUUAUAUGGAAAUAUUGUUGCUUCCUGAUGAAGCUGCAAUGUUUUUACAUCAAUAACAAACUUUCUUUCACAGUAAAUUUUAUACACCAGAAUACAUGUCCUGUAUAUUUCUUUUAAAAGAAAUGUUGCAGUGUAAUGGACAACAGUGAGCAAUACAUUUGUUUCCUUACAGUAUUAUGCAUAUCAUAAUACCUCAAGUGGUCUCACUUUUGACUGAAGAAGUUCUACGAGUCUGAAAUAAAUUGAAUGUUUA